AUGAUUGACUAUACUGGUAAUAUUCCAACGUUUAUGAAAGCUGCUCAACAGAGUGAUUAUGGAGAGCCACGUAAUGUGCUUACACUUCGCGAGAAUGUUCCAGUACCUCGAGAACUAUCAUCUACGCAAAUUCUUGUUCAAGUUAAUUCAGUUUCAAUUAAUCCAAUAGAUUGGAAAUUAUUAAAUGGAAAUUUAUCAUUUGUUAGUCGUUAUACAUUUCCUCAUACACCAGGUUCUGAUGUUGCUGGUGUUAUUGUCGAUAUUGGUUCAGAAGUAAAACGUUUUCUAAUCGGUGAUAAAGUUUAUGGAAAUGUUGGAGUUAAUGGUGGUAGUUAUGCUGAAUAUGUUCGUGGAGAUGAAUCGAUGUUUGCAUUGAAACCAAAAAGUUUAACAAUGGAUGAAGCAGCUGCUGUACCAUUAGCUUGUGAAACAAGUUAUCAAGCAUUAUUUAAUAAAGCUUCACCUCCAGUGAGUACAGGAAGUCGAGUUUUCAUAUGUGGUGGUAGUUCAGCAACUGGUUUAUUUGCUAUACAAUUAGCUGUAAGUGUUGGUGCUAAAGUAGCAACAACAUGUUCACAAAGAAAUUUUAGUCUUCUUGAAAAACUUGGUUAUAAAAUCACGCAAGUACAGGAAGAAAUAAUUAAUGAUGAUCAACGGCAAUUAUUUGUUAUUGAUUAUAAUACAAAAGAUUUCGGAGAAGAACUCAAAGGUAAAGAAUAUGAUGUUGUUUUUGAUUGUGUUGGUGGUGAACAACAAUGGAUAUCAGCACAAAAAAUAUUAAAACAAGGUGGUCAAUUUAUUACUAUUGUCGGGGAUGAUACAAAAACCGAAAUGUCAUUAAAAAACAUUGCUACUGUUGGUUCGAGUAUUAUAAAUCGUAAAUUUUGGUCAGUUUUUAGUUCCGAACAUCAUGGAUAUAUAAUGCAUGUUCUUAGUCAAACUCCUGAAGAUCUUGAUGAUAUAAGAAUAACUUAUAUUGAAACAGGAAAAGUUAAACCAAUUAUUGAUACUGUAUUUGAUUUACAAAAAGAUGGUGUUGAAGCAUUAUAUUCACUUUAUGAAAAAUCUAAAAGUGGAAAAGCACAAGGAAAAUUAGUUCUUAAAAUAGCGGAUUAA